CGCAUGGCCGCAGAACGCGGCCAAACGCCAGCAUCAGGUGCCAUGGCGACCUCGCAGCUUCCCCCACCCUAUCCUCCCUGCGUACGCCCUCUCAACGAGCUGGAGCCCAUGGCCAUUGCUGACAUGAGGCUUGAAACUCACCACCGCGGCGAGAGAGUGACUCUUCGCGCUCUCACCCCGCCAGACCGCAUGACUGCCGUCAUGGCAGUGGUGGAGGAUGAGUGGGGGACGGCCGUGUUGCUUCAGUCCUACUACCAGGCAGACGAAGCGGUCGUCCCCGCCGAUAAGGUCAUGCAGCAAGGCGACAUAUUCAUUCUCAAAGAGCCUUUCUUCAAGAUGGCGACGGACGGUUCCUACUCAUUGCGGGUUGAUCACCUGGGCGACCUUAUUCGAUUGGCCGACGACGACCAGCGCGUUCCGUCACAGUGGACCAAGCGUCAGUCUACCUCCCUCCAGAGGUCCAGCAAGGACAUUCGGCUUCAAGGCAAUGCAGCAGUACAGGCAAUGAAGUGGGCAGAGGCACAUCGCCUCUACACAUCUGCCAUCAAGGCUGCCGCAACACCGGAAGAUGAGCAGCUGGCUCAUCUCAAUCGCUCAUUAGCCCACUUGAGGCUCGGCCAACCAGCAAAGGCUCUCAUGGACGCCGAGCAAGCGGAGAAUCUCGAGUGUCCGACAGAAAAGUGUCUUUUCCGCACGGCACGGGCCUUGUAUGAGCUCCAAGACUACGCCAAGUCCCUGGAGAUCUUGGAGAGGCUUGUGGCCCUGUACCCAGACAGCACAGGUGCAAAACCCGAGAUUCAGCGAGUCAAGAUCCGCUUGCGCGAGCAGCAAACUGGUGCCUACUCAUUCCGGCAGAUGUACAAGCAGGCAAAAGCAACGCCUCCGCUGAUUGACUGCGCGACCUUCCAUGCACCCGUCGAGAUUCGCUCGUCGCCGGGGAGGGGUAACGGCCUCUUCACCACGAUCCCAGUCUCUGCCGGGCAGUUGCUGGUCUGUGAGAAGGCAUUUGGAUACAGCUAUGCUGGCAAGGAUCGACCCGGGACUAUGAGCCUGUUGAUCAACCUGUCGACGAAAAAAGCCGUCAUGGGUGGACAGGUCAAUCUCCUCACACAGGUUAUUCAGAAGAUGUUCAAUGAUCCUCGGGCACGGGAUCUGUGCCACGAGCUGCACCACGGCAGCUUUGACAUUCCCCAAGCAGCAGAAGUUGAUGGUAACCCUGUUGUUGACUCCUUCUUGGUCGCCCAGAUCCUGUCCCUCAAUGCCUUUGGCGCGCCGAGGACGUCCCGUGACUCGCUCGCCCAGAGGUCUACUGGAGGCAAGGACAACAAAGUCGCUCAAGAGGGCAAGUUCGACAUCUCUGGCAUUUGGUUGCUAGCCUCGCGCAUCAACCACUCGUGCGUCGGCAACUGUCGCCGCUCGUUCAUCGGGGACAUGCAGAUUAUCCGCGCGACCAGAGACCUCGAUGCCGGUACCGAGCUCCUGUUCGGCUACCGCGCACCGCAGCCUCUGGAGUCGUACGCCGAUGUCCAGAAGGGGCUCAGCUCAUGGGGUUUCACGUGUGGCUGCGAGCUCUGCCUCACCAGGAAAAGCACCACAAACGAGGCGCUCGCCCGCCGCAAGACCCUGACCAAGAAGCUGGCAGGCGUCCUCAAUGGCUACCAGAACACAAACAUCGCCGCGGCGCAGCGAAUACUUCUGCAGAUGGAGGAGACUUACCCGCCGUCGGCCAACGCACCAGGCGCCAUCCGGUUGGAGCUGUGGGACCCGUACUUUGCCGUGGGCGCUGCUCUGCUAUCUGAAGGCAAACCUGCGGUAUGUAUCAAGAUGAUACUCAAGGGCUUGGAGACCUUGGGUUUUGUGGUCACCGCCACCGCCCCGUCGGCGGUCAAGAAGGCCGUGCUCGAGGUCACACGAUGGGGGUACAUGGUUGAUAUGGUGCCAUGGGCAUUUCUACAGCUCUUUGGGGCUUACGAGCGAUUAGCUCCCGAAGUGUGCGUUACUGCCAGAUCAUACGCUGGCACCGCUUAUCGCAUCAUCGUGGGAGAGGAUGAGACUCUGACCGAGCAAUUUCCGCAGCUGGGGUGACGUCAGUCUUCUCACGGAAAAUGAAACCCAAGCACGUAGAAGUUGCCCAUCGGGAAGCCCCUCAUCUUAUCCAUCGAAAGACACAUCCCUCUCAUUUCGAUGCCCCGUCCGUGUCCGAUUCGACUCCAGAGUGAAC